CUGGUUGUGCUCCCAAAUACCAACUGGAAACGAGUUCGAAAUACUUUAAAAGCCGCGAGUGAAAUGCAAGGACCGAAGAAACACAAACACACUCUUGAUCGCGAAGAUUCUUUCUUGAGGAAGUUCUCCACCAGAAAUCAUCAAGACAUCCAGAACUCACCCACCUCGUUCGACGACGAAGAUCAUAGAUUUAGCCACUCCCCCAACAGUUAUGAAGGGCGCUUUGUGAUCCAGCAUGACGGCACGUUCAUGUUCUACUGGCUAGGGAUCAUCACUCUAGCAGUUCUCUACAACAUCUGGACUUGUAUCGCCAGACAGGCGUUCGUGGAGAUCCAGCACGGUUGUCCCGCUUGCUGGUAUACUCUUGAUGGGGUUUUUGACUUCCUCUACGUCUGUGACAUCCUGGUUCAGUUCCGCACUGGAUACCUUGACCAAGGCCUUAUGGUAUAUGAUGCUAGAAAGUUAUUUGUUAGGUAUGUCAGAUCUAAGAGCAUUUACACCGAUUUCCUUUGCCUGUUGCCUUUGGACCUCAUACAGUUUGCGAUCGGAGUUCAUCCAAUGAUUCGGUUUCCCCGGUUCUUCAAAGUCUACAGGACGUUUCGGUUCAUCUACAUGAUGGAGUCACGGACGGCGUACCCCAACCUGUUUCGGGUAGCUAACUUGACCCACCUGGUGUUGCUGGGCGCCCACUGGUUUGCCGCUUUCUACUACAUGAUCAGCGAAGCGGAGAAGUUCACGGGUUCUUGGUCCUAUCCAAACCCCGUUGGUGAGUUCGCUGAAAUAACCCGGAAGUAUUUACAGUGCUUACAUUGGGCAGUAUUGACGUUAACAACCAUUGGUGACCUUCCUAUUCCGGAUAAUGCAAAUCA